GUUUAAUUUUUUUUUAUAAGAGACGUACGAAAAACUUUAAGCAGGAGCCCUGAAUAUUGAAUUAAUUGAUUAGUAAUUUCAAGCAAUGAAAUUAAUUAUUUUCAUAGAAUGUAAAAAGACAAAAAAGUAGUUAACUAAAACAAAGCUAAACAAAACAAAAAUAAGCAUAUGCGAUUAAGCAAAUAAGAAAGGGAAUAUGCAAAGUUAUAAAUGAACAGAAAUAUUUAGAGAAAUAACUAAAGAUGUUAAGACAUUUAAUUCAAAACGAUAAAAAAAAACACAUACGGAAAGGACAAGUAAAUACAGAAAAACAUAAAAAAGAAAAAAAAUUACAUCUAAUAAAAAGGCUACAACCGAGCAUGCCCGGGAUAAGGCAAAUAACAGGGAGGAAAUGCCUUGUUAAUUUUUGUUUAUUUUUGUGAAUUUGUAAAAGUCAACACAUGCGGUGUUGACAAUACGGCGUCAAGCCGUAAUCUUUAAAAUAUAAAUAAAUAAAUAAAUAAAUAAUAAAAAGGCUAAAUUGUAGAGCUCCCAAAUUAAAUCCCAAAAACAAUCGCCAAAGUAACCCUGUGUUAAGUGAAGGAAACCCGAUGCGCUUUCCCGCCCGAUGUUACCGUCUUGUGCCUUUCGGGAUACACACAAAUGAUCGAACGUGAACCAUCGCCUCCGGGGUUGGAUGGUUGGAAAAUGUCAGCAGCAUUUACCCACCCAGAAGCAUGCCGAAACCCGGAACGAGACAGAGAGAGUAAGCCCAAUGCGUGAAUGAGAGAAAGUGAUAGUAGCUUUUCCCUUCCUCCCAAAACAAAAAAAAAAACACACGAGCCCACCAUCCCACCAUCAGCUGUGAAAGCUGCUGCCGGUUCCGACCCGACGCAACGCCUUCACUCUGGGAAAGCUUCCAACCACCACCAUCGAACAGCUGCGCCGAACGGGAAGCACGAAAAGCUUAACCCCUUGUACGGGAAAAGGACACGGUUGGUCUGCCGGUGGUUGGAAAGACAGACGGCGGCGGCGGCGACGACGACGAAGACAACGCGCACGAGUGUAUUUCCCGCCAGGAGUGCUCGCGCUCGGACGUUGUGUGUUUCAGUCCGCUCGAAGGAAGUGUCGCGUGCAGGCGUGUACGGUGUUGCGUUGUGUCCGUCGGUCGUCUCUGCACGAAAGCAAGGCGUCCAACUGCUUUAGCGAAAGCAAAGUUCUCAAGUUCUCCCCGAGGAAAAAAAACCGAAAGAAAAGUGUGACUCAGUGUUCAGGUCAGUGCUGUGCGAGUGAAAAAAACAAACCGUACAAUAGUGCAAACGGGCCUUCCAAACGUGACAAUGGUGGGCAAACGUGCGUGAAAUAAGCCACCCAGUUCCGUACCAAAAUCAUCAACCGAAUGUGUGUCACCUUUGGCCGUUAACCAUUUUCUCGCUCUGUCCCGAGCGGAAUGUGUCGCGCGGCGAGCCGGUAACGACGCCGGGACGGGACGAGAUUGAACCGAGACUGACAUUGAAUACGUCGCCGGGCAUGUCCUUAAAACGGCUCGCCGUCAUAUCGGCCGUCGGUUCGCACAACAGCUUCAACAAUCAGACCAUCUCGUACGUCAGCUCGUACAGUGGAGCGAGCGGUAGUGUGGAGCAGAGCGUUAUCGUUGGACACGCGACCGGUAACGCAGGGGGUAACGUACGUACCAGCGGUGGCCACCAUCAGGGACUGCAAACGAUGCGACCGGGAGCGAAUCUGCACGGCAAUGUGAACAUUAUGCUUGGCGGAGCCAUGCUGUCCGUGGUCAUCACGGUGGUGUGCUUCGUCUGCUACUGCUGCCAUCGGAACAUUAAAAAGCGCUCCAACUCCCUCUACCGUCAGCAGUGGCUCGAAACGGAGGCAAACAUGGAAAUCUACAGCGUGGAACAGUGCUACGAUCCACCACCGUCCGGGACGGGUGGAUUCUUAAUGGAUGGGAGUAGUACCACCGGUGACUAUCAGUCGCUUCCAAUGGUCACGAGCGCUAUAAAUCAUACCGGACACCAUCCCCAGUAUUCCUACCAUCACCAUCAACAUUAUCAUCAACAGCAGCAGCAACAUCAUUACCCGUACACACCGUACCCGAAUGGUCCACCGCCGUCCUACGAUACCGUAGUUGCCCAGGACGAACUGUUAGCCAGCGUCUCGCGACGCAAGCGUACCGACACGACCGACACAAGGCCAACAGCCGGUCCAUCAUCUCACAACAGUUGCUCCGAUCCGCACUCCGAGUCGCACGAGUGCGAUAAACAAUCGGGUUGUCCAGGAUCGGCCGCAACAACGCCACUGCUACCGAAGCUAUCGUGGCCACCAAGAAUGGAGCGAUACCCAUCGGGACGAUGA